CAAAUAACCAACACCAGGAGUUGGAAGAAAAGCAGUCGGUGGGAAAAUACGAAAUGACGGCGACGACUUUGAACGCUGUGAUGAACGGUGGUUUAGGUGGUGGUGGUGGGGCCGUCGCCCAAAGGACGGUGCUGAUAACAGGGGUUAGCAGAGGUCUUGGGAAAGCCCUAGCCCUAGAAUUGGGGAAGAGAGGCCAUUCUGUCAUUGGCUGCUCUCGAACUCAAGACAAACUCGAUUCUCUCCAAUUGGAGCUUUCUUCUGGACCUUCAUCUUCUUCUUCUUCCUCUUCCUCUGAAAAACACCUCUUCAUGAAUGUUGACGUGUGUUCAAAUAGCAGUGUUCAGGAGUUGGCACGAGUUGUAAUGGAAAAGAAGGGUGUUCCAGAUAUCAUUGUAAAUAAUGCAGGUACGAUAAACAAAAACAACAGACUAUGGGAGGUUCCAGAGGAGGAAUUUAAUGCUGUCAUAGAUACUAAUCUCAAGGGAAUAGCAAAUAUGUUACGCCACUUCAUUCCCCUUAUGAUUGAGAAAAAGCAAGGGAUUCUUGUCAAUAUGUCGUCUGGGUGGGGAAGGUCUGCUGCAGCACAGGUGGCCCCUUAUUGUGCUUCAAAAUGGGCAGUUGAAGGCUUGACCAAGUCAGUGGCAAAGGAGUUGCCGAGUGGAAUGGCAAUUGUUGCACUUAAUCCGGGGGUGAUAAACACCGAAAUGCUUGCAUCAUGCUUUGGCAGUUCAUCCAGUCUGUACCAGCCACCUGAGUCGUGGGCUCCCAAGGCAGCUGAUAUGAUCUUAAAUCUGACAAUGGCGGACAAUGGUGCAUCUCUUUCGGUAUAAAUAUAUAUACGUGAAUAUAUUGCAAUGAUUGUAGGAGGAGGAGAAGUAAACAAACAAACAUAAAAGUUGCUAAAGAGCAAUGUAAGAGGCUGUAUGUCUAUUUAUCAUGAUAUAUGGUGGAGUUUAAGUAGCUGUGGGAGUCUUGAUCUGUUUUCAUUAUUCAUUUAUCUAAGUUGUCUUGGGAGUGGGAUUUAACUAUUUGAUGGAGUUUGGAUUGGGACACAAGUAUAUAGAUAAUGUAGACUCAGUUGACUUGUGUUGAUCUUGUUAUGAUUCUGGUAUUUGAGAGUUUCUACAGAUAACAUCCUCAGUUGUGUCUA